AUGCAAGUGGAAGGAAUGAAUACCGUGCCUCAGGGCUGGGAGUCAGGCUUUCUGAUGAGUGCAGUAUGGGUGGCUCUUCAUAUGCCACUUUUGGCAAAUGUGAGUUCAAUCUCUGCGGCAGUGAAUGGGAAUGUAAGUUUUCCCAGGCUGGUCAAUGCUACGGAUAUAUUGGUCCAAGGUCAAGUUUCCUCCCUCUCCCUCCCAGCUCUUCAAUAUCUAAAAGAAUCACUUCGAGUACAAACAUAUCGCCCUUUCGACUGCACGUCUCUGCGUGCAGUCUUUGAUCACACUUCCACAAUAUUCGCAGCGCAGUAUGGUUAUAACUCACCAGAAUACGAAAGCCGAGAAUUUAGAUGUCAGUCCUACUAUGUGAGAGAGCCAAAAAAGGGGCUUUCCCAAGAUGUGCAGAAUGGACUAGGGUUUGGACUGGGACUUGGAGGGGGGCUGGCGGCAAUUUUAGGAUUUACAUGA